AUGGACACCCUGGACGAAGGGAUGAUUCACACGGAGGUCUCAUCGGACCAGAUCGAGCAGCUCCACCGGAGAUUUAAGCAGCUGAGUGGAGACCAACCCACCAUUCGCAAGGAGAACUUCAACAAUGUCCCUGAUCUGGAGCUCAACCCGAUCCGAUCCAAAAUCAUCCGUGCCUUUUUCGACAACAGGAACCUGCGCAAGGGGCCCAGCGGCCUGGCCGACGAGAUCGACUUCGAGGACUUCCUGACCAUCAUGUCCUACUUCCGGCCCAUUGAUACCACCCUGGACGAGGAGCAGGUGGAGCUAUCCCGGAAAGAGAAGCUGAGAUUUCUGUUCCACAUGUAUGACUCGGACAGCGAUGGCCGCAUCACCCUGGAAGAAUAUCGAAAUGUGGUAGAGGAGCUGCUCUCAGGAAACCCACACAUUGAGAAGGAGUCAGCGCGUUCCAUCGCCGACGGGGCAAUGAUGGAGGCGGCCAGCAUGUGUGUGGGGCAGAUGGAGCCUGAUCAGGUCUACGAGGGGAUCACCUUUGACGACUUCCUGAAGAUCUGGCAGGGGAUCGACAUUGAGACCAAGAUGCACGUCCGCUUCCUUAACAUGGAAACCAUAGCCCUCUGCCACUGACCUGCUGUCCCUUCCACAGACAAACUGCCUUUUGCAGCGGGGCAGCUUCCCUGCAUGGCCUGGGGCAGCGAGGCUGGGGACGUCCUUUGUCCUUUCGCUAUGGCUCCUGUAAAUAACCAAAGCUCUUCCACCCAUCUCGCAUC